AUGGGUCUGUGCGGCUAUAGUAAAAGCGGCCGGGAGUCGGACCUCCGGGCAAAACUCGUUGUUCCCGCUCCUCCUCGUCGCACCGUAUUCCGCCUACAUCAACUCACCUCUCACCUCUAUCCUCUUAAGACAUUCCCGUGCAAUACACAACUUGUCGCCAUGUCUCUCCUCGGAAAGAAGUUCCCCACCCCCAUCGCCAAGCCUCUGGGCCCCUUCUUCGCUGCCGGCGUUGUCAUCCUCUACGGCGUUAACUCCUUCGGCAACCUCCUCAUGAACACCGAGGAGUUCAAGAACGACCCUCGCAACCCCAACCUCAAGAACAGCAAGCAUUAA